AUGACCAGACAAUUGAGGGUUGAGCACUUAUAUCUGCAGUAUCUGCAUCUUCAGGUUUGCCAUCCUCUUCAUUUCAUCAUGCAUCUCCUCAUAGAUUUCAUCUUGCUCCUCUUCCUGUGCACCCAAGCAAAUUCUGCCGCGAUAGACACCAUCUUGGCCGGCCAAGCACUUACUGUCAACGACAAGCUCGUCUCCGAAAAUGGCAGGUACGCGCUUGGCUUCUUCAACACAAGCAGCAGCAAACCCUCCCAAGACACAACCAACUGGUACCUUGGCAUAUGGUUCAAAACAGUCCCCAAAUUUACUUCUGCAUGGGUUGCAAAUAGGGAUACACCAAUCAAGAGCACCACCUCACUAGAGCUCACAAUCUCCCAGGAUGGCAACCUUGUCAUCUUGAACCGGUCCACCAAGUCCAUAAUCUGGAGUACUCAAGCAAACAUCACAAGAAAUAGCACCACUGCUAUGCUCUUGAGUAGUGGAAAUCUCGUCCUAACAGACUUUUCAAACUCAUCAGAAGUUCUGUGGCAGAGCUUUGAUCAUCCCACAGAUACACUUUUCCCUGGGGCGAAGUUAGGAUGGGACAAGGUCACUGGCCUGAAUCGCCGCCUUGUUCCUUGGAAGAACUUGAACAAUCCAGCUACCGGUGUCUAUUGUUAUGCGUUAGACCCCAGUGGUCUCAAACAGUUCAUGCUUACACCAUUGAACUCCUCCAUACAAUAUUGGUCGACAGGUGUAUGGAACGGCGAAUAUUUUCCCUCAAUACCAGAGAUGAAAGUCAGCAACCCAGUUUUCAACACAACAUUUGUCAUCAAUGACCAAGAGAGGUAUUUGACAGUUAACUUAGUCAAUAAAUCUAUGGUUACUCGUAAUGUAAUGGACGUCUCAGGUCAAAGAAAAGCGUUCAUUUGGCUGGAGGACUCACAGGAUUGGACAAUGAUCUAUGCCCAACCGAAACUUCAGUGUGAUGUCUUUGCAAUCUGUGGAUCUUUCACAAUUUGCAAUGAUAAUGCGCUUCCACAUUGCAACUGCAUGGAGGGCUUCACCAUAACAUCCCCAAAGGAUUGGGAGCUAGAAGAUCGAACAGGUGGGUGCUCAAGAAAUACUCCGUUAGACUGCAUUAGCAACAAAAGCACAACUCAUACAACAGACAAGUUCUACUCUGUGUCGUGUGUUGAGUUUCCGGAGAAUGCCCCAAAACUAGAAGCUGCUGCAAGCGCGGGCGAGUGUGCACAAGUUUGUCUGAGUGAUUGCUCUUGCGCCGCAUAUUCCUUCAACGAUGGAAGAUGUUCUAUCUGGCAUAAUGAAUUGCUCAAUAUAAGAGCGCUAGAAUGCAGUGGUACUUCAAGUUCAACUGGAGAAACUCUUUACCUGCGUGUUUCUGCCAAAGAUUUCCAUGGAGUGAAAAACAACAGAAAGGGGAUUGUUAUUGGAGUUGCAACUGGUACAUGUGUUUCUGCUCUAGUUUUAUUUGCACUUGUUGUCCUGGUAAUGAUUUGGAGAAACAAAAGCACGAGCUCUAGCCAUAUACUCAAUGGUGUUCAAGGUUGCAAUAGAAUCAUUGCAUUUAGAUACACUGAUUUACAACAUGCCACAACAAAAUUCACAGAUAAGUUGGGGGCAGGCAGUUUUGGUUCUGUAUUCAAGGGUUAUUUAAAUGACUCGGUAGCUAUAGCAGUGAAAAGGCUUGACGGUGCUUAUCAAGGAGAGAAGCAAUUCAGAGCUGAAGUGAGCUCAAUUGGAACUGUCCAACACAUCAAUUUAGUUAAGCUUGUCGGUUUUUGUUGUGAGGGUUCCAAGAGGUUGCUUGUUUAUGAACACAUGUCAAAUCGCUCUCUUGAUGUCAAUCUAUUUCGAAACAAUUCAACGAUAUUGAGUUGGACUAUUAGAUAUCAGAUAGCCCUGGGGGUUGCUAGAGGGUUAGCUUAUUUGCAUGAGAGCUGUCGAGACUGCAUCAUACACUGUGAUAUUAAGCCAGAAAACAUACUUCUUGAUGAUUCACUAAUUCCCAAAGUUGCAGACUUUGGGAUGGCAAAGCUUUUGGGAAGGGAAUUUAGCCGAGUACUGACUACAACGAGAGGAACUUCCGGGUACCUUGCACCUGAAUGGAUUAGUGGCAUUGCCAUUACACCAAAAGUUGAUGUGUAUAGCUACGGGAUGAUGUUGCUGGAAAUAAUAUCUGGAAAGAGAAACUCAUGGGCACCAUGUACUAGCAGUGGCAACCUUGGCGUGUAUUUCCCUGUGCAUGCCGCACAAAAGCUUCUUGAAGGAGAUGUCGGGAGUUUGGUAGAUCACAAGCUACAUGGUGAUGUCAAUUUGGAUGAAGUUGAACUGGCUUGCAAGGUUGCAUGUUGGUGCAUCCAAGAUGAGGAGCUUGAUCGGCCAACAAUGGAACGGGUGCUUCAGAUUCUUGAAGGACUAGUUAAGAUUACGAUGCCUCCUAUACCAAGACUGCUCCAAGCUAUAGCUUGA